CGAGCACAAUGGCCGCAGUCGUCCCUCCCCUCGGUUCUUACCAGCACGUCCAGGAGACGAAGGAAAACCUCGACUGGGCCGAGCUCGUCACCAUCGACCUCACCACCUUCAACACGCCCGAGGGCAAGAAGGAGCUCGCGAAGCAGCUCAUCAAGGCCAUCCGCGAGAAGGGCUUCUUCUACGUUAAGGGCUUCGACAUCCCGCAGGAGAAGGUCGACCGCCAGUUUGCUCUGGGCAAGCAGUUCUACGAUCUGCCGCUGGAGGUGAAGCAGCAGUACACCCCUGAGGGUCUUGAGCAGGGUCAGUUCAACGGCUACGUGCCAGCGGGCCGUCGGAUCAUCGACCCGGAGUCGGGCAUCCGCGAUAAGACGGAGAUCUACAACAUCCCGAAGUUCACCCCCGACUUCAAGCACAACCACCACCCUGUCAUUCAGGACCGGCUCGGCGAGGUCGAGGAGUUUGCUAAGUCUCUGCACAACAAGGUCCUCGACCCCCUCUACGAGCUUCUCGCGCUCGCGCUCGAGCUCCCUGCGGACUACUUCACCAAGAUCCAUUCGUACGAGCCCAAGUCCGAGGACCACUUCCGCUACAUGAAGUACAGCAAGCGCUCCCCAGAGGAGAACGCGAAGAUCAAGGCUUGGUCGUACGGGCACACUGACCUCGGCUCCUUCACGCUCCUCUUCCGCCAGCCCGUUGCCGCGCUGCAGAUCAAGGACCCGCUCACGGACGAGUGGAAGUGGGUGAAGCCGCAGGACGCGACCAUCACCGUCAACUCGUGCGAUGCGCUCAACUUCUUGACGAGCGGCUACGUACGGAGCACGAUCCACCGCGUGACGGUGCCGCCGAAGGACCAGCAGCACGUCGACCGUCUCGGCUUGUUGUACUUCUCGCGCCCGCACAACGACGUCGUCCUCAAGACCAUCACCGAGUCGCCCGUCCUCCAGCGCGAGGGCUACCUGCAGAACGACUUCGAGAAGUCCGGCAACCCUGUCCCUACCAUGGAGCAAUGGACCUUCAGCAAGCAGGCCUGGCAGCGCUCGCGCAAGAACGACCCGAAGCACUACACUGCGACGAUCCUCCCUGGCUGGCAGGAGAAGAUCUACGACAAGGAGCUCGAGACCGUUAUCAAGAACCAGCAGGCGCAGCAGAUCUCGGUCGCGUGAGCUCGCUUUCUGGUUCUGGGUGGCGCGGAUCGCCUAAAUGCAGUCUUCGCCUAAAUGUACCGCUCGAUGAAUAUGUGAAUGUGGCCUGUACUUAUACAACGUAAAUAUGGAACAAAUGGAGAAUUUCUGUAACAU